GUGACAUGACGGUUUUUCUUGUUCCCUCUAUCAACACACCCUAGAUUAGUGGGUACUCCGCUGCCGAGCAUUGUGUGUCGUCUACCCUGUCGGAGCGACAAAAUCGCAACCGUUGAAUAAACAGGAGACCAAAUUAGAUCUAUAUAUAUUCCCAUUACCCGAAAGAGAGAAUUGUAAACCGACACAAAGUAUACAACGCAAAUGCACUGGUCGCAGGGUCAGUCCACCCGACUCCGCUUUUUGGGUAUGGGCGCCGUGUGCUCGUUGAUCGCUAUAACAUUCCUCAUCUUCAGCACUAGAUACUCCGCCGAAGUCGCCAAAUAUGCGCUAAAGGGCCCUGUGGGACAGCCUCCAUUAACUUCUCGGCCUACAUUCUGGAAUGAUUCUUCUUGGGAGUUCGAGGUUAAAAGAGAUGGGAAUGACCAUGGUCUUUCUGAAGAACAGUGUCGCGCCGCGUUCCCAAAACUGUUUGUUGAGAUCGAUAAGACUGCUUCCCUUAGAGAGGAUAAUCCAAUCCAGUUCAAGGAUGUGGAUACCUUGACGGUGGAAGAUGGGAUGGUGAGAGGUAUUAUCGAACAGGGCGAGUUAUAUAUUGUUGAUUUUGGAGCAAUGCCCGCCACCUUCACGCGAGGGAAGGCGACAUUGCAUUCAUUACAACGCGCGUUGUCUUCGUUCCCGGACCGAGGUCGUCUCCCAAACAUCGAAUUCGUUCUUACAACGGAAGACUACAGCAACGGAAAGGGCCCAAUUUGGUCAUAUUCCAAGCGCGACGAGGAUAGCAAUGUCUGGCUGAUGCCGGAUUUUGGAUACUGGUCAUGGCCGGAAGUGAGGAUCGGACCAUAUAAGGAUGUCCGACGCCGAAUUGCCGCAGUUGACGACGGGGAUAUAACGAUAAAUGGCCAGGUUGUUCCUGGCUUGCACUUUCACGACAAGAAGAAACAGCUCGCUUGGCGAGGCAGCGUUGCCACUAAUCCCCAGGUGCGUGGCAAAUUAUUGAAAGCAGCCCAGGGCAAAAGCUGGGCCAGUAUACGAGUCAUCGACUGGGAUGACGAGAACGACAUCCGGUUCAAUCUGUUACCUAUGGAAGAGCACUGUAGGUAUAUGUUCCUAGCACACACAGAGGGACGCAGCUUCUCAGGGCGCGGCAAGUAUCUCCUCAAUUGCCGUUCGGUGGUCAUCUCGCACAAGCUGGUCUGGCGAGAAGCACACCAUGCCGCUCUCAUCUCCUCUGGUCCGGAAGCAAACUACGUUGAAGUCGAGCGUGACUUUUCUGACCUGGAUAGAAAAAUUGAGUUUCUAAUUGACAAUCCAGAGGCUGCUGAGCGCAUCGCAAACAAUGCGGUGGAAACCUUCCGCGACCGAUAUCUCACCCCGGCUGCGGAGUCAUGCUACUGGAGGCAUAUGAUUCGACAGUAUGCCUCGUCUUCCAAUUUUGAGCCUGUUUUGUAUAGUACGCAGGCUGAUGGGAAAAAGAAGUCCCGUGGGAUCCCAUUUGAAACAUGGGUUCUGACUUCUUAG